UCUAAGAUGGCGCGCAGAAGAUAGUUUAGUGCGCAAGUGAUCGAGCAAUAAAAGUAUUUAGCUUGUAAUAACAAAAAUAAAAUUUGUUUUUUUUUUGUAAAAUAAUAAUUCCAACAACUUUAAAUCAUUAUUUAUAACAAAUGUUUUAGGAAGUAAAACUUGAGUUAAUGUCAAAAAUGAUAAAUUUCUCUUUGUCAUGAAAGUGAGAUACUGUUAAAAUUAUUAUUAUUUCUCUAUCUUUGUUAUUCUUAACUUCAAGUUGGCUGCUAUAUGCCAACAACAUCCCACACAAUCUUUUUUUGGCAUUUGUUUAUACAUGAGUGCAAGUAUUAAUAGCUGAAGCAUAAGUUGAACAAGUAGAGAACGUAGAAAUAAAGGUUAUAUCACGUAUAAGUAAGUUUGGAUUAAAAUUUAUAUUAUCUAAAGUGAUUCUGAGGAUGGGUCCACCUUGUGAUUGGCAGAUAUCCAAACACAAAGUUGCUCAACGAGGACGGUAUUUGUUAGAGUCUGGACAAUGGUCUGAUUGUAAAUUUAUUGUUGGUCAAGAACCUCAACAGCAAGUACUUGAGGGCCACAAACUAUUUUUGGCCAUGUCUAGUCCAGUUUUUGAAGCAAUGUUUUAUGGAAGUAUGGCAGAGAAAACUGAUCUUAUUCCAAUUCGUGAUGUUCAACCUGAAGCAUUUAAAACUCUUUUAGAAUACAUUUAUACCGAUAAGGUGGACUUGGGAUCCUUUGAAUUAGCAUGUGAGCUGUGUUAUUGUGCCAAAAAAUAUAUGCUACCAUAUUUAGUUGAAGAAUGUACAAAAUAUCUAUGGUCUGAUCUCUCUCCAAAUAAAGCAUGCAGAGCUUACGAGUUUGCAAAGCUUUUUGAAGAGCCUGUUUUAAUGGAAAAAUGUUUGAACAUAAUUUGUACUAAGACAACUGAAGUUUUAAAUGAGCCUAGUUGGGAAGAAGUAGAAUUGGAUACAUUAUUGACAAUUUUUGAAAAAAAUGAACUCCAAAUUGAUUCAGAAAUUGAAUUAUUUGCUGCUACAGAGCGAUGGGCAAAAGCAGAAUGCACCAGAAAAUCAUUGAAUCCAUCAGACACUAAAUGUUUAAGAUCAGUAAUUGGAAAUGCAUUGUCAAAGAUAAGAUUCUUAACAUUAACUCCUCAGCAAUUUGCUGAAGGAACUGGUAGAUCUUUAUUAUUAACAAAAGAUGAAGCUUUCGCCAUUCUUAUGAAUGUUUCUUCAAGUGGAAGUAAUAUUCCUAUGCCUGAAGAUUUUUCUACUAAUCCUCUUCAUAGAGGAAAAACUCGAAGGCCCGGAAUUCGACGUGCUCAGAAGUUCAAUGAACGGAUUUUUGGUCAAUUCAGUGAGAUGAAUCCUUCAGAUUUUUGGCAAAUGCCUCCAUCUACUUCAUUUAAUCCAGCUCCUUACAGUAGCAGUGGUGAUAAGCAUCUAGAACGUCCUGAAAAAAGCGGUUGCUGGAUAUCUUAUCAAACAAUUGUUAACAAUGUCAGGAAAGGCCUUGCUAGUUCUUCUUCUAAUGAUAAUAUUUCUGUCUUAAUUGAAGGAGGAAUAAGAGAUGGACCUAAAUAUUAUUGCCUACGUUCAAUGGGACAACAAGCAGAGUAUUUAAAUGCUGGAGUGUUGGACUGUUCUGUGACAUUUAGUGUUGAUAAAAAUAUUUGUGUAAUUGGAGUACAAGUACCUACGCAAGUAGGUUGUGAGGCUAGUAGAAUGAUAGGAUCCCUCGAUGGAACCUAUACAGAAAUUUUAUAUGCACAUUUACUUGAUUCUGAGGGAUCUCGUUUAACUUAUACUCAUUUUACGACAAAAGCUACAGCUGGAACUCUAGUAGAAAUUGGAUUUAAUAGGCCUGUCUAUAUUCAAAAAAAUAAGGUUUAUCGUGUAGGAGUAGUUUUUAAUAAAGCUGGCUGGUAUCCAAUUGGUGAUUGUGUACAAAGGAUGACUUGUGACACUGUCUUUUUCUCUUUUGGAGUUGGAAAUGCAACUGACAGCAUUCGAGAUGGUUUAAUACGAUCUAUAGUUUUUACUUAUCAUCAAUAAUGAUAGUUAAAGUUUAAAAAACAAACACAACGGAUGAAAAAAUACUUAGAAAAAAUCACGUAUUUACAAAAUUGUGAUAUUAAACCCGAACCUACCUUUUUUGCUAUCUAAAAAUUGAACUUGAUCAAUAUUUUAUUUUUUUUUACAAUGUACUAUAAAAAUCGUACUAAUACAUCUAUAAAAUUUUUAAAAUUUUAAUGCGACAAAAUGAUAUGAAAAACAAAUAAAUUAUCUAUAAAAUGUACAAAUUAAUUAAUUAACAUAUUAUAAAUAUAAUUUUCUCAAACAUAAUACGUCCACUAACUUUUACAAAAGCAAAAUCAUUAAUAAAUUAUGGUACAAUUG